AUGCAGCUAACAUUAUGUCUAGACCUUGAUAUGGCCAAUGCGGCCGUGAUGAAGGACGAGCAAGGCCGUCCCUUCAUCGUUGUCAGAGACCAAGGAAAGAAGAAGAGACAAUAUGGCAACGAAGCCGUCAAGAACCACAUCCUCGCCGCCAGAACGGUCGCGAACAUCGUCAAGACCUCCCUGGGUCCUCGUGGCCUCGAUAAGAUUCUCAUCUCCCCCGAUGGAGACAUCACAGUGACAAACGACGGCGCCACGAUUCUGCAACAGAUGGAGAUCUCAAACCACGUCGCUAAGCUGUUGGUGGAGCUUUCAAAGUCGCAAGAUGACGAGAUUGGUGAUGGUACAACCGGUGUCGUCGUGCUUGCUGGUGCUCUCCUUGAGCAGGCGGCAGAGCUGAUCGAUAAGGGAAUCCACCCCAUCCGCAUUGCGGACGGAUACGACCAGGCUUGCGACAUCGCCGUGUCGGAGCUUGACAAGAUUUCAGAUGUCAUCGAGUUCAGCAAAGAAGAGACAGGAAACCUGCUGAAGGUUGCACGAACAAGUUUGGGCAGCAAGAUUGUUUCCAAGGCACACGACCAGUUCUCUCAGAUCGCAGUGGACGCUGUCCUCUCCGUUGCCGACCUGGACCGGAGGGACGUUGACUUUGAGUUGAUCAAGGUCGACGGCAAGGUCGGAGGAGCUCUGGAGGAUACCAUGCUCGUCAAGGGCGUCAUUAUCGACAAGGAUUUCUCUCACCCCCAGAUGCCUUCCGAAGUCAAGGACGCCAAGAUCGCCAUUCUUACCUGCGCCUUCGAACCCCCUAAGCCCAAGACUAAGCACAAGCUCGACAUCACCAGCGUUGAGGAGUACAAAAAGUUGCAGAGUUACGAACGCGAGAAGUUUAUCGAGAUGAUUCAACAAAUCAAGGAUGCCGGUGCCAACUUGGCUCUCUGCCAAUGGGGUUUCGACGAUGAGGCGAACCACCUGCUGCUCCAGAACGACUUGCCUGCCGUACGGUGGGUUGGAGGACCGGAGAUCGAGUUGGUGGCUAUUGCGACAAACGGCCGUAUCGUGCCGCGGUUCGAGGACCUCAAGCCCGAGAAGCUCGGAACUGCAGGUAUCGUCAGAGAAAUGACCUUUGGCACAACAAGAGAGAAGAUGUUGGUCAUUGAGGAGUGCGCCAACACCCGCGCGGUUACCGUCUUUGUGCGCGGUAGCAACAAGAUGAUCAUCGACGAGGCGAAGCGCUCCCUCCACGAUGCCUUGUGCGUCGUGCGCAACCUUGUCAAGGACAACCGCGUGGUCUACGGUGGUGGUGCUGCCGAGAUUGCCUGCUCAUUGGCAGUCGAGGACGCCGCCGCCAAGACCCCUGGCCUUGAGCAAUACGCCAUGCGCGGAUUUGCCGAGGCCCUCGACGCUGUCCCGAUGGCCCUGGCCGAGAACAGCGGUCUGAACCCCAUCGCGACGCUGGCCGACAUCAAGAGUCAGCAGGUCAAGGCCGGUCCUGGAGUCCGUGGCAAGCUCGGUGUCGACUGCAUGCAGCGCGGCAGCAACGACAUGAAGGAUGCAUUUGUCAUCGACCCCCUUAUCAGCAAGAAGCAGCAACUCCAGCUCGCGACGCAAUUAUGCCGUAUGGUCCUGAAGGUGAACAACGUCAUUGUUGCCGGGUCCGGCGAGGAAGACUUUUAA